AUGUUCAAGCUUAUAGCGUGCCUCCUCACGAUUUUGUUUGCUUUCAACUGCCGUGCAAACACAAUUUUAGAGGAACCACUGGAAAGUUUGUUCCAAGACGAUAACAGAGGUGAGUUUUAAAUGAAGCAAUCGGUACCGAAAGCCACUGUGCCGGCCGGCGGCCGCCAUGCAUGGUCUCGGACUCUUAUUUUAUAUGCAAUAUUCCCUAACUUCUACAAAUCGAGCUUAAGAUUUAAAGAUGAGAAGGGAAGUCUGACGAAAGUUUCAGAGUCCCACACCACAAGGCUGACUGCGGAAGGUUUCGAGUCAUGGACGGAUCAAUAUCUGCUACCAUUCAGAAAUUCUAACAAAUUUAUUCACAUUUGAGAAAUACUGAACAAAACCCAGCCUGAGAAAACAGCUGACAUUUGGCGACACCACCACUGGUUUUCCCGCCAAAUGACGUCUGAGAAACGAGCGCAGAAAUUCCAUAUUCCCAUAUCUUGUUAGUGCUUCUGAUUGGUUGAAUCAAAUUUCCCACGCGGCAGGUAAACCAGAAGCACUACCCAGAUCUUGAUAGUGACGCUUCAUCAGUACGGGAUUUCUGCGCUCGUUUAUCAGACGUCACUUGGCGAGGAAACCAAUGGUAGCGUCGCCAAAAAUGUCGGCUGUUUUCUCAGCCUAAACAAAACCGGGUUCCAAAAACGCUAGGAUUAAACGUAUUUUGGCUCCACUACACACAAAACAACACUUGGAGGUAUGGGCGCGUCGGUCAGCCAGGCCCAUGAAACACUUUGUUAACGGACGUGAAAAACUCCACUAAACGGUGACUAAAUCAAACCCCCCUAACCGCGAUCCCUCGCGCGCCUCACUAGAACCCAGCUUUCCGUUCCGUGCCGGUAAAAUACUAUAAUUUAUGUCAAUUGUAAUUUACACAAAUUACAUUUAUCGCCCCUUGUAAGGGAAUCCAGGACAGUCUCAGAUUCUGGAUUCCACUCUUUGUCAGCAGAACUUGGAUUCUGGAUUCAAGUCGUUAGUGGGAUUCCGGACUCGUUGAGCUGUAACCCAGGUUUUCACAUUCCAAAAGCAAAACUUUGCCGGAUUCCGGAAUCCCUUACACGAGCGAGUUUUAUCACUCUGAUAAACUACGUAGCAAGCGUUUCCGUGUGGUUUCGGAACAAAGAAAGACCGAGGAACGACGAGGAACUGGAUUUUCGGUUUUGGCUGCGGUCUUUGACACUCGUUCCUGGUUAUUUGCUCCGAAACGGCAUGGAAACGCUUGCUACGCAGGUUAGCACUCUGAUUUUACAGCUAGUCCCCGACUCUUUUAAUACUUCUCCCCUCUUUACUACUUUCUUCUGUUUCUUAGCAGACGAAACUGGGGCAGCAGAUAGCAGUCGAAGACGUUAUUGUGGUGGAAUAACUUACAAUCCAUCAUUUAAAAUCUGCUGUGGCGGUACUGUACAAUUAAAGUUUGGAACCAGGCCAAGGUGUUGUGGAACCAAAGCAUAUGACACAAGUAUCCAAAUGUGCUGUGGCCGCACUUCCGUUCAAUAUAAGUUAUACCGGAUGAGUCCAAGGUGCUGUGGGACCAGGGCUUAUGACACCUCGUAUCAAAUGUGCUGUGACGGUAUUUCCGUACAAUUUAGGUUCGGAAGUACUCCAAGGUGUUGUGGGACCAAAGGCUAUGAUGCCCGUUCGCGCAAGUGCUGUAAAAAUUGGCUCGGCAAUAAGUGGGUGUGUGGCAUGGGUGAUGCUGACCAGCCUCUCAUCUCAAAAUGAAACUCAUUUGGGCUAGUGAAAAGUGACUCUAGAAGAAAAAGCCAUUUGCACUAAAAAUGGUCGGUAAUAUUUGAUUUCAAUAUCAUGCUUUUGUUCAGAGUAAGCCUUAAUGAAGAUUAAAACAAAUGUAAUCAUUUGCUCUUAAGUGU